AUGGCAGCGGGGCCGGAGCCGGGCCGCGAGUGCGGCAUCUGCUACGAGGCGUACUGGGGAGCGGGGGGCGGCCCGCAGCAGCUGCCCUGCCGCCACUCGCUGUGCCAGCGCUGCCUCCGCCGCCUCGUGUGCCGCGCCGCCGCCGCGCCCUUCGUCAGCUGCCCCUUCUGCAGGACGGUGACGCUGCUGCCCGAGCCGGGCCCGGCCUCAGCGGAGCCGGGCGAGCAGCGGCGGGAGAGCGGCGGCCGCGCCCCGCCGGGCCCCGCGCUGUGCCCGUCCCACGGCCCCGUGUUCGCCGUGAGCAGCUCCGUGUCCCCCUGCGGCCCCGAGGCCCCGCACGGCUUCGUGCUGGGGCUGCUGCUGGACACGCAGCCCCCGCCGGCCUCCAUGGAGAACCUGCGCCUCGGCUUCGCCGCCGGCAUCCUCGUGCUCAUCGUCUCCACCUUCUUCCUGCUCGUGUUCCUCAAGUAG